AUGUCUUACAGCUGGCUAGACGAGGAGAGCACGAUCUCACUGGAUCGACGCGCCAAUCAAAAGACGCCGUUUUACGAGCCGAUUGUCAACACAUUCAAAGAUGGAGGGUAUAAUCCAAACGUCUCGUACCAUUACAACCCAGACGUUUCUAAAUAUCACUACGGAGUCAGACACCCCAUGAAACCGUUUCGUCUGAUGCUCACGGACCAUUUGGUGAUAGCGUACAAGCUGUACGAGCAAAUGGAUAUUUAUCAGCCGCGACGGGCGACCAAGGAAGAGCUCCUAGAGUUCCAUUCUGAGGACUAUAUCAAGUUUCUCGAGUCGGUGACCCCCGACAACGCCAAGAAGUACGCCCAGCAUUUGCGCCAGUUCAACAUCGGCGACGACUGUCCUGUGUUUGACGGUAUGUACGAUUAUUCGCAAAUAUAUGCUGGUGCGUCGCUCGACGCGUCGCGCAAGCUGAUUGCCGGAAUGAGCGACAUCGCCAUCAACUGGUCUGGUGGCCUGCAUCACGCUAAAAAACAUGAGCCGAGUGGGUUCUGCUACGUGAAUGACAUUGUGCUCUCAAUUUUGAACCUGCUCCGAGUGCACCCCCGCGUGUUGUACAUCGAUAUUGAUUUGCACCAUGGAGAUGGUGUCCAGGAAGCAUUUUACCUUACGGACCGUGUGAUGACGGUUUCCUUCCAUAAGUACGACGGCGAAUUUUUCCCCGGCACAGGCAACCACGAUGAGGUCGGCCUGGGCAAGGGAAAGCAUUUUGCGCUGAACGUGCCGCUGCACGACGGAAUCGACGACGAGUCGUACAUUUCGCUGUUCAAGUCGAUCAUGGAGCCGGUGAUAACGAAUUUCCGGCCAACAGCCAUAGUGCAGCAGUGUGGUGCCGACUCGCUUGGCUGUGAUCGUCUCGGAAGCUUCAAUCUCAACAUCAGAGCGCACGGCGAGUGUGUCAAGUUUGUCAAGAGUUUUGGCAUUCCGAUGCUCGUUCUGGGCGGCGGAGGCUACACGCCGCGAAACGUGAGCCGGUUGUGGUGCUACGAGACAAGUGUAAUGACCAACGUGAAACUGAACUCGCGGCUACCGGAGGUGCUACCCUUCCGCACUUUUUUCCAGCCAGACUACUCUCUGCACCCGAAUUUGGGCGACCGCUACGACAACAAAAAUUCCAAAAAAUACCUGGAAAACCUGCGCAACCAACUGCUUGAAAACCUGCGCUACCUUCGUGGAGCGCCGUCUGUGGAAAUGCAGGAAAUUCCUCCAGACUUGCAGAACAUGACAACCGAUGAGGAGCAGGAAAUACUGGACAGACUGAACAGGGAGUCUGAGUACGACGCACAUCUAGACGAGAAGCGGUACUGGCUCAACACCAAGGACCAAGCCAGAGUGAGCGAACAGGUGGACUAA